GGCACCCAGAACUGCGUGCAGCGGGUCAACGACUACAAAUGCGAGUGCCGACCUGGCUAUGCAGGCCGUCGCUGUGAUACCGUGGUGGACGGCUGUAAGGGCAAACCCUGCAGGAAUGGUGGAACGUGCGCGGUUGCCAGUAACACCGGCCGUGGCUUCAUCUGCAAGUGCCCCCCUGGAUUCGUGGGUGCCACCUGCGAGAACGACUCCCGCACCUGCGGGAACCUGCACUGCCUGAACGGCGGCACCUGCAUCUCCAUCCACAAGAGCUCCAAGUGCAUGUGCGCGCCCGCCUUCACGGGUCCCGAGUGCCAGUACCCGGCCAGCAGCCCCUGCACGCCCAACCCCUGCUACAACAAGGGCACCUGCGAGUUCUUCAGCGAUGCCUCCCCCUACUACCGCUGCAACUGCCCCGCCAAGUUCAACGGCCUCAACUGCCACAUCCUCGACUUCGAUUUCCAGGGUGGGAUCGGGCAGGAUAUCAUCCCACCCAAAAUUGAGGAGAAGUGUGAGAUUCCAGUUUGCCCGGGCUAUGCCGGCAACAAGAUCUGUGAUGCGAAAUGCAACAACCACGCCUGCGGCUGGGACGGGGGCGACUGCUCCCUCAAUUUCAACGACCCCUGGAAGAACUGCUCCCAGUCCCUGCAGUGCUGGAAGUACUUCAACGAUGGCAAGUGCGACUCUCAGUGCAAUAAUGCCGGCUGCCUGUACGAUGGAUUUGACUGCCAGAAAUACGAAGGGCAGUGCAACCCUCUGUACGAUCAGUACUGCAAAGAUCACUUCUCAGAUGGUCACUGUGACCAGGGAUGCAAUAACUUUGAGUGCGAAUGGGAUGGUCUGGACUGUGCAAACAACAUGCCGGAGAAGCUGGCCGACGGCACGCUGGUGGUGGUGGUCCUCAUCACUCCCGAGAACCUGAAGAACAAUUCCUUCAACUUCCUGCGGGAGCUGAGCCGCGUGCUGCACACCAACGUGGUCUUCAAGAAGAACCCCAAGGGAGAGUACAUGAUCUUCCCGUACUAUGGCAAUGAGGAGGAGCUGAAAAAGCAUUACAUCAAGAGGUCAACAGAGGACUGGUCAGAUAUGUCGAGUGCUGUCAUCAACAAAGUGAAGAGCAGCCUCUACUCCAGGGCUGGCAGGAGGCAGAGGAGAGAGCUCGAUCAGAUGGACAUCAGAGGAUCCAUCGUCUACUUGGAAAUUGAUAACCGCCAAUGCAUCCAGUCGUCUUCCCAGUGCUUCCAGAGCGAUUUCCUGGGCGCCUUGGCCUCCCUUGGCAACCUGAACAUACCCUACAAAAUAGAAGCUGUUAAAAGUGAGACGGCGGAGCCGGCGGAGAACUCCCAGCUGUAUCCUAUGUACGUGGUGCUGGCUGCGCUGGUCUUGCUUGCUUUCAUUGGAGUGGGAGUACUGGUGUCUCGGAAGCGGCGCAGGGAGCAUGGGCAGCUUUGGUUCCCAGAAGGCUUCAAAGUGACAGAGUCGAGCAAGAAGAAGCGACGAGAACCACUUGGGGAGGAUUCUGUUGGGCUGAAACCCCUCAAAAAUGCUUCAGACGGCACGCUGAUGGAUGACAACCAAAAUGAGUGGGGUGACGAGGAGACCUUGGACACCAAGAAGUUCCGGUUCGAGGAGCAGGCGAUGCUGCCGGACACGGACGAUCAGACGGAUCACAGGCAGUGGACCCAGCAGCACCUGGAUGCCGCUGACCUGCGCAUAUCCUCCAUGGCGCCGACCCCUCCGCAGGGGGAAAUCGAUGCAGACUGCAUGGACGUCAACGUCAGAGGUCCUGAUGGCUUCACCCCCCUUAUGAUCGCCUCCUGCAGCGGAGGAGGGCUGGAGACCGGCAAUAGCGAAGAGGAAGAUGAUGCUCCCGCCGUCAUCUCCGAUUUCAUUUACCAAGGCGCCAGCUUACACAACCAGACCGACCGCACUGGCGAGACGGCCCUGCACCUGGCCGCCCGCUACUCCCGCUCAGAUGCUGCCAAGCGCCUGCUGGAAGCCAGCGCCGACGCCAACAUCCAGGAUAACAUGGGCAGGACGCCCCUCCACGCCGCCGUCUCUGCCGAUGCCCAGGGAGUCUUCCAGAUCCUGAUUAGGAACAGGGCAACGGAUCUCGACGCCCGGAUGCAUGACGGGACCACUCCUCUGAUCCUGGCCGCUCGCUUGGCCGUGGAGGGCAUGCUGGACGACCUCAUCAACUGCCACGCGGACGUCAACGCCGUGGAUGAUCUGGGCAAGUCGGCGCUGCACUGGGCAGCUGCGGUGAAUAAUGUCGAAGCCGCAGUGGUUCUCCUGAAGAACGGUGCCAAUAAGGAUAUGCAGAACAAUAAGGAGGAGACCCCACUGUUCCUCGCAGCCAGAGAAGGGAGCUACGAAACCGCCAAGGUCCUGCUGGACCAUUUUGCCAACCGCGACAUCACGGACCACAUGGACCGGCUCCCACGGGACAUCGCCCAGGAGCGGAUGCACCACGACAUCGUGAGGCUGCUGGAUGAGUACAACCUGGUGCGGAGCCCACCGCUGCACAACGGCCCGCUGGGGGCACCCACGCUGUCCCCACCGCUCUGCUCGCCCAACAGCUACAUCGGCAACCUGAAACCCGCCGUCCAGGGCAAGAAGGCCAGGAAACCGAGCACCAAGGGCCUGAGCUGCAACGGCAAGGAUGCCAAAGAUCUCAAAGCCCGGAGAAAAAAAUCACAAGAUGGAAAAGGAUGUCUCCUUGACAACUCCGGUGUGUUGUCUCCAGUGGACUCCCUGGAGUCGCCGCAUGGGUACCUGUCGGAUGUUGCCUCUCCUCCGCUGAUGACCUCUCCGUUUCAGCAGUCCCCUUCCAUGCCUCUGAACCAUCUGCCAGGCAUGCCCGAUGCCCACAUGAGCAUCAAUCACCUCAACAUGGCAGGGAAGCAGGAUAUGGCCAUGGGAAACUCCAGCAGGAUGGGCUUCGAUUCGGUGCCCCCGCGUCUCUCCCACCUCCCGGUCUCCAGCCCCAGCACAGCGAUGAGCAGCGCCCCGAUGAGUUUCUCCGUCGGCGGAGCGGCGGGUCUGAACGGGCAGUGCGACUGGCUCAGCAGGCUGCAGAACGGCAUGGUCCAGAACCAGUACAACCCCAUGAGAGGCAACAUGCAACCAGCAGCGCACCAGCAGACGCAAAACCUUCAACACGGCAUGAUGACCACCCUGCACAACGGCUUGCCCACCACGAGCUUGUCGCAGAUGAUGAGUUACCAAGCCAUGCCCAACACCCGGCUGGCUUCCCAGCCUCACCUGAUGCCGAGCCAGCAGCUCCAGCAGAUGCAGCCGCAACUGACCCAGCCCGCCAUGCAGCCGGUGAGCAGCAGCACCAUGGCAGUCCACACCAUCCUGCCUCAAGAUUCCCAGAUGCUGCCCACGUCUCUGCCGUCCUCCCUCGCCCAGCCCAUGACCACCACGCAGUUUCUAACUCCACCUUCCCAGCACAGUUAUUCCUCCCCCUUGGACAACACCCCCAGCCACCAGCUCCAGGUGCCCGACCACCCGUUCCUAACGCCAUCUCCGGAGUCACCGGACCAGUGGUCCAGCUCAUCUCCUCACUCCAAUGUGUCCGACUGGUCUGAGGGCAUCUCCAGCCCUCCCACGAGUAUGCAGUCGCAAAUGGGACACAUCCCCGAAGCCUUUAAGUAA